AUGGCCGCGCUGCUCUGCUUCGUGCUGCUUAUGUACUUCACAAGUCUAUCUACUGCCCAGACUACUGAUUGCCCGCGCUUCAGUAAACAAUGUAUGAAUGCUGCAAAUGGGUGUGAGAGUGUCUGGACUAUUGUUGAAGAUGUCUGCAAUAUUUCAGGUAAUAGAUGCAAGGCAGAAGAUGCUAUUGGCUGUAAUAGAAUCAUCCAGGCUCUGGCUGACAAAUAUCCAGAAUUUAAAAACUGUGUCUGCACUACAGAUGGUCCCUGCAGCAUCACAGCUAUACUCGGGAAUCGAUGCAGUGCUGACAAAGAGAGUAUGGAAAGUUCAUCAAGAUCAAAUGCUGAGCUGAGUUUUAGGCAGCACAGAAAGCCCCAAAGCCAAAGACACCCCGGUGAAUUAGAGAAGGAUUGCACCACUGCAAAAAGAUUCUGUCAAGAGGAUCUGUACUGCUCUUCAGUGUAUAGGAGCUUCCAGAGAGCGUGCCGGGCAGAGGCAGCAAAAUGUAGGAUGGGCAGCCAGGAAUGUUUGUCAGCAUGGAAAGAACUGAGGAAAACAGUGCUGGGAGAGUGCAAGUGCUCGGAGCCACUACAAAGGAGAUGCCUUAGAAUAUGGAAGGGAAUAUUUAGCAACCCUUGUGUGCAAUACUCUCAAGGGAACCAAGAUUCAGUAGCUGGCGAAAAUGGUGAUGAAGAUGAUGAUGAUGGUGAUGAUCAUGAUAAAAAUCAGGAUGCUGACACAGCAUACACAGCAAACAGAUCCUGUUUGGAUGUGAACAUGGACUGUGUUGAAGAUGAAGUAUGUAACAAACAGUUGUCCCUGUACCUUAAGGUCUGUUCAGUAAAUAAGAAGUGCAACAUGGAAGAAUGCCAAGCAGCAAUGAGGUUCUUCUAUCACAACAUGCCUUUUGAAGUUGCCCAAAUGAUGACAUUUUGUGAUUGCGUCCAGCCUGACGAAUCCUGCCACAGUGCCAAGGAACUUCUUCAUGGCAAGCCCUGUGCAAUUACUUCAGCUCCAGUCCCAUCAUGUCUAAGUGUAAUUCACAUGUGUGAGGAAAAUGAAUUGUGCAGGAAAAAAUACAAAGCUUUUUGGGACAAAUGUUGGAGACACGUGACCAAAGAAUGCUAUGAAGAUGAAGGCUGUCUUGAAACUUUAAUUAAAGACGACAUGCCCUGUUCUGCAAACGCUGAUUGCAAAGCAGCCUACAUCAGCAACUGGGGCACAAUGCUACGUGUGGAGUGCACCUGUCAGAAUUCACCACCGGCAGAACAGUCGCUGUGCAAGCUCUUCCAUCACAUGCUGCACAGCACGUCCUGCUUCAGUCAGCUACGUGAGUAA